UUAGACCUUUGUUGCAACGAAAAUGUCGGGGGAGCUCAUUUCCUUGCCCUCGCCAAUCGAACCAGUCACAAGUCCACCAGUUCUUCCAUUUUUCAAGAAGAUCGACAAGCACCCUAAAAAGUAGAGAGAGAAAACAGGUUUCUCGCUCUUCUGCUUCUGCAACUCUCUUACUGGUGGCUCUGGAGCUCAUCCGACCGCUUUGAUGGUGGGCAGAUAAAGCGGUGGUGGUUUAUUUUACCCAAAUAACCCUCUGGUUGCGUACGCCUCCUGGCCUCCUAGAGAGAGAGAGGGUUGGAAGGUGCAGCGAUAAGACAUAGAGAGAGUGGGGUGUCGUGAUCAGAGAGAGAAUGGCGGGGAGCAGGGAAGAGGAUGAGAGGAGCGAGAGCAGUGAUUACACAUCAGAGGACGAAGGUACAGAUGAAUACAGGAGAGGGGGUUACCACGCUGUAAGAAUAGGGGACACCUUCAAGAAUGGAUGCUACGUUGUUCAGAGCAAGCUUGGAUGGGGCCAUUUCUCCACUGUCUGGUUGGCCUGGGACACUCAGCACAAUAGAUAUGUUGCCCUGAAAGUCCAAAAGAGUGCACAGCAUUACACAGAGGCAGCUAUGGAUGAGAUUACAAUCCUCAAACAAAUAGCAACAGGGGACCCAGAAGAUAAGAUGUGUGUGGUUAAGCUCUUGGAUCAUUUCAAGCAUUCAGGGCCAAAUGGGCAGCAUGUUUGUAUGAUAUUCGAGUUCCUAGGAGAUAAUUUAUUGACACUUAUCAAAUAUACUGAUUACAGAGGGAUUCCUCUUUCCAUGGUCAAGGAAAUAUGUUUUCAUGUUCUAGUGGGAUUGGAUUAUUUACACAGGCAGCUCUCGAUCAUUCACACUGAUCUAAAGCCUGAGAACAUAUUGCUUGUGUCCUCAAUAGAUCCCUCCAAGGAUCCAAGAAGGUUUGGCACUCCUCCCAUUCUUCCUAGUAACAAGGAUAAAUCAGGCUUUGCCCUAAACUCUGGAACCCUGAAAGAUACAAAGAGUUCAAAUGGGGACCUGACAAAGAACCAGAAGAAGAAGAUCAAACGCAAAGCUAAAAGAGCAGCUCAGGAUUGUGUGGGGAAUGCAGGGACUCAAGAAAUAACUCUAGCUUCCAAAGUUAACUUCCCUACCUCAGAUUCAAAUGAGGUUAGUGGGGAUGCCAAGGCCCAUGAAGAGCGAGAAGAUGACUCUGAAGUCAAAAUUGGUGGAUCGAAUCCUGAUGAGAAAAAGGAUGGUGCUCGUGAUGGUCAGAGUCAUCGAAGGGGAAGCCGAUCUACCCGACAAAAGCUAUUGAAGUCAGUUGACCUCAAAUGCAAAUUGGUUGAUUUUGGAAAUGCUUGUUGGACUUAUAAGCAAUUCACAACUGAUAUCCAGACCAGGCAAUACAGGUGCCCUGAGGUUCUUCUUGGUUCUAAGUAUUCUACUUCGGCUGACCUAUGGUCGUUUGCUUGCAUCUGUUUCGAGCUGGCUACUGGAGAUGUUCUCUUUGACCCUCACAGCGGUGAAAAUUUUGACAGGGAUGAGGAUCACUUGGCGCUGAUGAUGGAGCUUCUUGGGAUGAUGCCUAGAAAAAUCGCUCUAGGUGGCAGAUACUCCCGUGACUUUUUCAACAGACAUGGUGAUCUAAGGCAUAUCCGGAGGCUGCGCUUCUGGCCCUUGAACAAAGUGCUCGUGGAGAAAUAUGAUUUCUCUGAGCAAGAUGCAAAUGAAAUGGCUGAUUUCCUUGUUCCCAUACUUGAUUUCGUCCCUGAGAAGAGACCAACAGCUGCUCAAUGCCUCACUCACCCAUGGAUCACAUCAGGGCCUCGGUGUCUCGAGCCAUCCUUACCCCCUCUUCCUGAUGGAAACAAUGCCUCAGAUGAAAAGAAACAGGAGGAUGAGAGAGAGGCAAUGGAGGCAGGCAUGGGUAACAUUGCCAUUGAUGCGGCUUCCAAGAUUUGCAAGGAUCCUCAGGCUAGUGGACCCAAGCUACUGAUUAACAGUGGAUCCAAGCCUCCCAGCAAUACGUCCAGGUAAUUGGCUAAAGUUAUUCCUCUCUGUUAACCUCAUUUUAGGAGCAGAUUGUAUUCUGUUUGGUCUUAGCAACAAUUCUAUCGGGGUUGAAAUUCUUUUUUGGGGUGGGGUGAUUUUGGGUGGGUUUCUAUUCUUGUGUAGCUCUUACUACGGGUUGUGCAUUAUACUGAACAGAAUAUGCCUGUAAUGUAAUCCGGGAAAUAUAUGAGAUGUCCUCUUUCGAUGACUGCUAUGAUUCAAUGUAUAGAGAGAGUUGUUUCUUUUGAGGGA